AUGGUGUUGAGUGCGCAGGCAAGUCUGCCGCUACAUCCGCUUACAAUAAUAUUUAGAACUAAGGUCUGGCUAAGUCUUGCCCACAGGGUAGUAUUCUCCCAGCCCAGUGCAUCUAGCCUAGAGUCUCGUCUUGCCCUUCUCCAUGGCGAUCCGGUACGCAACCAGCCGAUCUGGAUGCCCAUGCUGGAUGUUCAAUCCCCGCCAGGAUCGAGAGACCUGCCGAAUUGCAUCCUCAUACGUGGAGGUGUUCGUAUCGCAGGAAGAGAUAUAUCUUAA